AUGUCGUCUCUCAAGCAAACCCUCGUCCAAACGAGCGGCCUCCUGGCUGCACUUGCUGCCUCUGAUAGCUCCAACGGCGGCGCUGUCGACAGUUUCACGGAUCCCACUACGGGAAAGACGUACGACAUCGGCGUUGGAGACUUUGCGGACUAUGGAAACGCCACGGGAUUCUUUGCUCGCUUUAAUAUUCCCAUCACAACCCCAUCGGAGGCGUCCUCGUCAACUCCCCCAAGGCGCAUCGACUUCAGCACUGGCCAAGUACUCACCAACUACACCGCGCCAUCCACGGCGGACGUGCAUGCUGCUCUCCAGCGGUACGCCACAGUCGCGGAACAGUACGAGGACAUACUAGUCCCAGGUUACUGGAACUUUCCCGACGCAAGCGACAUUCCCGAGGACUUGCUGCUGAACUUUGGAGCGUUCGUCGAGAAGUACAACAUCUCCGCCGCGUUGCCCACCAUUUUCCAAAUUGCCGGAGCGAUGGGUCGCAUCGUGGACAAAGAAGUCCUGCCGGUGAUGCGAGCUUUCCCAGCACAGACUGCACGAACUAUCUUGGGCACUCAGAAACGAUAUGUGACCGUGUCAGGGCGCAAUCAGGAUAUUUAUGACGCAGUCGCUGAGUUCCUAGGCGACAAGGUCUACUACAGCACCCAGGCCAUCAGCUCGGUGCGCUCCGAUGCCGGCGUCGCCGUGACAGUCCAGGACGUGAACACCGGAGUACAGACCAUCAUUCAAGCCAAGAACCUCGUCCUCGGAAUCGCGCCUGACUCUUCCAAGUUCUCUAUCUUCGACCUUGAUGACCAAGAGCUCGGAGUCUUCAGCAAGCUCCAGUACACCCGCCAACAUGUCUUCGUCGCGUCAAGCCCGUCGCUUGAGACCAACACCAGCCUGGCGAACCUCCCCAUCUCGGCGGAUGACGACAGCCAGACACACUACCCAGACUACAACUUCACGGGUACUAUCUCCAGGCUGGCCCCAGGCUCCAGCCUCUUCCACCUCUCCGUGACCGUGACCGGGGACAACUUCCUGGGCCCCGAGGACGCCAAGGCCAAGCUCAACAGUGACAUCCAGACCUUGAUCGGAUCUCACAUCUUGCCCACCAGCAGCCAGGAACAGCUUGAUUUCAAGUUCGUCUCCGACCAUGGGUUCAUGCACGCUCGGGUGACGACGGAUGAUUACAAGGCCGGGUUCAUCCAGGACUUCCAGGCUCUACAAGGCCGUCGAUCCACGUGGUAA